AUGGCUCCUCCAUCUGCUGCAGAGCACUACCUUGAGCAACCCACAUAUGAUGAUCCUCCCGAGAAUGGUUCACACGAGAAAGGCCAGGACAAGUCCGAAGAACACCACGAUAACCCUCCAGGUGGAUUUGACCCAACUCCACUCCCCGACGCCCCUCCCGGAUAUACCAUCAAAAUCACAUUCCAUAAAGCCAUCAACCUCCCCGUAGCCGAUAUCCAAACAGUAUCUGCCGACCCAUACAUACACGCCACAUUGACUGCCGAUGUCCCCAAGCGACACCCGGAGGAACCCCCUCUCACACGAAGGACACGAACCAUACAUAAGAGUCUCGAGCCGGUAUGGGAGGAAGACUGGAUUGUUGCCAACGUGCCAGCUACAGGAUUCAAGUUGAAGUGCCGCCUAUACGACGAGGAUUGGCCGGAUCAUGAUGACCGACUGGGGAACGUUACCAUUGAGGUAGAUCACCUAGACGAAGACUGGCCGGGAUUCGGACUGGAUGGCCAGUUCUUCGAGGUUAAGAAGCGUUCGGGCAGCAAACGCGCAUACUUCCACAAGGGCAUCGAGGCUCUCAUGCAUGGACUGAAAUGGAAAUCACCUCAGAUACACAUCAGCAUGUGCACUCUGGGUCCUACCUACUGGAACAGUUUUCAAGCCAACGAAAUCCAACUUGCUGGGCCAGUCCCCCCCAGAUUAUACCACCGAUUUGUCGAGUUCCGUCCCAUCAUCGGCAAGAUGUUUUCGCAAAAGGGUUUCAGGGGCCACAUCCUCAACAAAGUUCUUCACAAGCAACAUAGACGAAUCUACAACUACGACUCUAGUACCGAAUUCGGGAUCUUUGCAGAAUGCAGCAGAGAUGCCUCCCUACAGUUUCUCAGGAUGGCGCACUACGCGGAAGGAGGUCGCAUCUUCACCUACGUGCUCACGUUGGACGGCUUGCUGCGCUUCACCGAGACGGGCAAGGAAUUCGGUAUCGAUCUCCUGAGCAAGCACACCAUGCACUCGGACGUAGCGACUUACAUUGCUUGCUCGGGAGAGUUUUUCAUCCGACGCAUCAUCAAGCGCCACAAGCCCCAUCACACGCACACAGGCUCCUCAAGCCACCAUCACUAUGAUCCGCAAAGCCCUAGUGGUUAUGAUUACACGUGCGACAACGGUCUCAGUUACGAGACGCACGAUCACCCAGGCACAUCCGAGUCCUCUCGCGACCCAGAAGACUACGAGCUCAUCAUCGACAAUGACAGCGGCACCUACCGACCAGACAAGUGCGUCCUGCCCGAUCUGCAGGCGUUCCUUCAGCGGCAGUUCCCAGGUCUGCAUAUCCGGGCCCUGGACUGCGGCGAUGAGGAGCACCAAAAGGCCAAGAAGGAGCAGCUGGAGAUCAAGAAGAAAGAGGGUACCAAGGUCCGCAUGGUGCUGAACCGCAGCCCGAGCUCGAGCAGCUUCAGCUCGGACGACGAAAGUCGUCUGGAAGACCUCGAUGAGAUGGAUGAUGAUGCGCCGAGGUAUAAGAGUAAGAAGGAGAGGGCGUUCGAUAUGGUGGAGGAUCCGAGCAAGUGGAGGGAUUGGGUGCCGGGUAUGCAUGGCAAUGGGAGUGGGAGCGGGCACCACGCGGAGGGGAGUGGGAGUGGGAGUGGGCAUUAUGAUGGGAAUGGUCAAACAAGCGGAAUGACCAGGACGGUUUAG